AGAGCGCAUAUUGAUGCCGUAAAUCCAAUGCAUCGCUUAAGAAAACGGUGUUGUGUUCUGUUAUUAAUGGGAGAAACAUGAGCAUUAAAAAAGUGGAACAGACAAAAUGAAGUUUCAGUAAAAUACCUUACAGAUUUAAACUGGGAACGAGGUUUGUAAUAUUUCUACGGUCCGAUUGCCAAAGGCAUCACAUUGGGUAAAUGAUGAACUCAAAUUAUUUCUCUGGCGCUACGGUAUUGCCGGAAAGGGAACGCAAAGAAAGACGGGAAGUCGAAUGUAAAGCACAUUUUAAAUCACCAAAUGCGUUUAGAAGCAAAUGUUCCCCAUAAGCACAAAAAAAAAAAAUCACCAGAUGAAGGACCUGCUACUUAAUUUCUCGUACGCUAUUGGGGACGGUGUGUUAAUAUUUACCGUAAAAUAGCGCCCCCGGGUGGUUUGGCGUUGUUGUGCUUGUCGCGUAUCUUUUGACGUAAUAGAAAAUAACAUGCGUUCCGCUUCGGCGUGGCCAGAGUCUUGGAAAAGAUAAAUCCUCGAGAUGUGUGGCGUAAUUCUAAAAAGACUACUGGUUUAUGGGAAUGAAAAUUUAAAAGAUUAAUGUAUAUGAGAUUACGAAGUUUGGUUACUUACUGUACGUGAAACGCACACAGAAAGUAGCUGUUAAGCUCUAACUGUACUAAAGAACUAUACAUUCGUACGGUGUGUAACGAUGUAACUUUAUAAUGUACUUCUAAUUCUUCCAAAAUAUUACGGUGUAGCUUGGUCCGCAGACAUUUCAUCAGUGUUUUAUAAAAUCUUUGAAAGCCCUUGGGUGGUGCUAUACUAAUAAUUUUGGAUGCUAGUUGUCUUAAUCACAUCUUCGUUUACGAAUUUGCAUGACUCUGUAAAUAUUCUCUCAGUCAUUUUUCUGCAGAAUUGUAUUUAUGUGGACAGGACUGUAUAUGUAUAAGCCUUCCCGGAUGCUGGUGCGGAUUUGUGUCACUCUCUCACGCCAGCAAUGGUGCAGAGAGCCACCUCGUUCGGGACGACUUUGUCAGCAGAUGUGUUUUGCAAGGAACUCUGGUACUGGAGAUAAAGAACAUAAUGAAAAUGAGGGUGACAGGGACAACCCUGAAUCUCAGCUCUCUGGAGAGAAGCCUUCACCCCAACGUCCGGUGUUUGGGCAGCUGGGAUCCAGAAGGCGCCACCUUUCUCCACUGGAGAGAAUCAGCCAGCUUCUGCCUCAGGAAUCCUUGAGCCAGGAGGUGUGGGAGCUGAGAAGGGGUAGAGCAGAAGAUCAGAGACCCCUAGGGAGCAUGGAAUCCAGUCAGGAAAUGACCGAUACCGCAGUAAUGGGACCUGAAGAUUCUCAUGAGAAUGGCAGGCAAAGGCCAGACCUGCAGCCGUGUCAGGAGAGUGCGGAGGAAGCGAACUUCUGUGAUCGAGAGAAGAAAAUGGAGGAAUGGCAGGUUGGUGAUGGAGGAGAUUCAUCCCCAGCCAUCUGUGGAGAGCCGCCGCUCGGCCUGGGGGAGCUGGUCCUGGCCGAGUACCGCAGUAAGGGCUGCCUGGAAUUCCGGAAGAUGUUCCAGCUGCAGGAGAAGGGGCACCUGCAGAGUGCCUGGGGGUCCAUAGCGCACAGGGCUAUCCUGGGGAGCCGCUCUGGGUCGCUCCUGCAGCUCUCCAGCGGCUCCCUCAUCCUGGUGCGACGCCCCAGCCUUGAAGAGUAUGUCCUAUUAAUGAAGAGGGCGCCCGCCAUAGCGUACCCUAAGGACUCCACUGCGAUGGUGAUGAUGAUGGAUGUCUCGGAGGGAGACAGUGUUUUGGAGUCGGGCUCUGGGUCGGGGGCCAUGACCCUCUUCCUGUCCCGGGCAGUGGGCUCCCGGGGCUGUGUGACGAGCGUGGAGCGGAGGGAGGACCACCACCAGAGGGCGCUGCGAAACUACCACCGAUGGCGUAAGGCCUGGAAGCUGCGGCGGGGUGAGGAGUGGCCCGACAACGUGCGCUUCCAUGUGGCUGAGCUGCAGGGGGCCAGCACGCUCCUCUCGGGGCUGCGCUUCAACUCCGCCGUCCUGGACAUGCUCAGCCCCCAGGUGGCGCUGCCCACCGUGUUUCCAUACCUGAACGAUGGCGCUGUGUGUGCAGUUUACCUGGUCAACCUGACCCAGGUGAUCGAUCUGUUGGAGGGAGUUCGGGUGUCUGGACUUCCCCUCCAGUGCGAACGCAUCAUCGAGGUGCAGCACCGGGAUUGGCUGGUGGCCCCGGCGGUCAUGAAGGACGGGACAGCAGCGACCAGGGUGGCUCCGUUCUCGGGAACCGGUGAUGAAGAGGAGGAGCAGUCACAUGCUGAAGGCAAGGAGGAAGAGGACUUCUCGUGUGACGAUGACGUCCCCUUUGGGACUGUGACCUACAUGGUGCGACCUCACCAUCAGCAGAUAGCACAUACAGCUUUCCUGGUGAAACUACGGAAGAUAAAAGACAAGAAAUCAUGAUGCUGGACAGCUGUGAAGAGGAUAAAGAUUCUUUUUGUAUUUUUGUCAAAGAAUAAAGUGAAAUGCCUUGGAAA